CGCUUUGCCCCACCUACCGCCCUGGUUGUCUUCCCCUCUUUGCAGUCUUCUUGCCUCUUCACUCGCCUCACCCGUUAAUUUCCAGAAGCCUCAUCUUCUGCCGCUCUCACGCCGCUGAUUUUUCCCGUUUUUGGAGCCCGGAGACCCAGAAUCCGCACGAGGGCACCAUGAAGACCUCCACCGCAGUGUCCCUGAGCAUGCUCAGUCUGCUUGUCCUGGCAUCCUCUUCACCUGUGACCGUCAACACCCCUAUUAUUCCUCAUAGUCAAGUUCUCACAACUCAUCCAUCCAAUGGUGUUCAAAACACCACCAGUCACUCAGAAAAGCAGACAAACACCGCGACGACCAACAUCACCAAGACUACGAGCAGGGCUGCAUCCCUCCCACAACUGUCAGUAAGCACCGAUAGCACCACCUCAUCAACCUCUGGCGGAGUGAGAGGGACACCAGACAAUAAAACACAUAACUCCAAUUCAUGGGUAACUCCUACAGUCAUGGUGAUCCUGUUCCUGGUGUUCUGUGUGGGGUUGCUCUUCCUGAUCUGGUGGCUCUGGAGGCCACAGGGCCGUAGGUGGGCGAGAGACACCACGAGGGCCACCGUGCGCCGGCUGAGGCUCUGGGGGUGGCCACAGCGCAGGGAGAGCGGCGCCGAGGAAUGUGCUGCUGAUGACGGUUCCAGUUUAGGGGGAGAAGAGAUGGGCGAGGGGCUGAAGGUGGGUGAGGAUGACGAGGGUCAGACUGAAGGACAAAGCAGCACUGAUGGAGAGGAGGAGGAAGUGCAGAAAGAGAGCGCGACACAAAUGGAGAAGCAGCCUCACGAUGACAUCAUGAUAGAGGACGACCAAAACCAGGAAGACGGCAGAGAUGUAACAAUACUGUGAUGGGGGGGGGG